AGUACAAAUUCCGGUCACGGUCUGUUAAUCAACAAAAUGUUGAUAUGCAUACUUCAUAUGGGAAUGAUUAUUUAGCUAUUUUAGCAUUUAGGUAGAUCAUGAAUGACAAAUGAAUCACCUUUGAACUUAAUAUAUUUUUUUUAAAAAUGAGGUAUCGAUCUAUUAUAGACUCAAUGAAAACGAUUUCCAAAAACUAUUGUACCCAUAGUGAGCAAUAUUAUGCUAAACAAAUAAAAAAUGCAACUGUUGUGUGUACAAACCACUUGACUCCAGAAAUAAAAUUACAUUUAAUUACUGAACAGUGCCAACUGUGGCAUUCACCUGCCAAUGAAUGCCAGUUUAAUGAUCCUUUCUGGGCAUUUUAUUGGCCUGGUGGCCAAGCUAUUUCCAGGUUUAUACUAGAUAACAGCAAGUAUGUGAACAACAAAACGAUAUUGGAUAUCGGUAGUGGUAGUGCUGCAUGCAGCCUUGCAUCGGCUAUAGCGGGUGCCAGUCAAGUUACGGCUAAUGACAUAGAUCCUGUUGCAUGUGUAGCAGCAAAACUAAAUGCUCAGUUAAACAACAUCAACAUUCACGUAUUGUCUAAGAACAUUUUGUUCAAUGAUUGUUCACAAUGGGAAGUCAUCAUUGUUGGAGAUAUGUUUUAUUCACAAGAUAUGGCUGAUGUACUGUGGAAAUGGCUGGACGCACUGUGUAACAGAGGGAAAACUAUACUGAUUGGUGAUCCGGGUAGACAUUGUUUUAAGCCUGUACACCAUAUACAGGAGCGUUUAAAAAAACUUAAAGAAUACAAAUUAACAGAAAAUUGUUGUUUGGAAAAUCGAGGUUUUUCGACUGCAUCUGUUUGGAUUUUAGAAUAAAAUUAUUAGGUAUAUAUAUUUUUUAUAAGGGAAAUAUACAGUGUACAAAUUGGCACAAUAAGCAUAUGUGAUGACUGUUAAGUAAUUUUUUUACACAAAUUAUUUGAUUAAAAAGUCACCCAAUACUAUUGGGCCAAUAGUAACACUUAAAUUUGAAGGUAGGUCGAAUGGCUUAGAGCAAAAUAUCUCUGCACUAUCUCAUUUUUAAGUCCCCGGUGAGUGAGUUUUCAGGUUGAGUAAUAUACAGCAAAUUCUUCUUUAAUAGUUUUGAUGAGUAAGCCACUGUGAAAAGUUAGAUUUGAAAUGUAAGAUGUAGCAUUAGUGAUUUAGCGUAGUGUGAUAUUCUAAUAAUUUUGGAUUUUGUUUUUUAGCUAUACCCCACACAGUUGUAGAGCAUAAGUUCAAAUCGGUUUAAGUAGAGACUUAUGUAUAAAAAGUUUGGUUUUUAAACUUGGAAAUUUGUUUUAAUAAUAAAGUGUUAAGUAUACGAGAACGAGAGUUUAGAGUUGAUAUCUUGACCUUGUGUGUUAGUUCUAUGUUAAUCUCUUAUCUAGUGCAAGGCUCAAAUAUUUAAUGGUAUUGGAUGAAGAUAGGUAUGUUAUCCACCAAAAGAGUAUAUUGUAUAGAUUUGUUGUGGUUUAAUUUUAUUCUCCAUUUAGAGUACCAUACAGAAAAAAGAUUCAAUUGAGGUUGUAAGUUGACCAUAGCUAUAAGAGGACUAUCAUGAAUUCAUGAGAUCAUCAAUAUAAUCGGCAACAAGGGUGUCUUGCAAUACAGGUUGAACUGAGGCAUACAUAUUAUUAGGUAUAUUAAUAUAAAAAACCUAAUCUAUUAUAUACAGAAAAAUAUUGUUAAAAAUUUGUCCAAUUAUAUUAAAAUUAUUAUACAAUGCAAUUAUUGUUUAUAUUAUUAAAUAGUUUGUUUUAAU